CCACUACAGGAGUCAACUUAAUCAUGCCCGCUGGAGUUUCGUGGGGCCAAUAUAUGAAGUUCUUGGGCAGCGCAAUGCUAGCCAUGAUGGCCGGCUCCCAGGCAGUGCAUCUGUACUUUAAGCCGCUGGACGAUUUGCCGGUGUACAUAGAAAAGGAGAGACAACAACAGAAGGAGCAAGACACAGUUAAUAGUUAGCAUUAAGCAUAAUCUAUUUCUUGUUCUAUUUGCUUAUACAACUAAAGAGU